AUGUAGUAAAAGUUUUUCACGCCAGUAAGUCUGCAAAAGUGGGACGUGGACAGUUUGCACAAGAAAAACGCGCCCGUUUUGUGAGAAGAAAAAAAGCGCGAAUGUACUCACGCGUGCAUGUGAUGUAACAUUGGCGGUUGCACACACACCGUUCUCUGAAAGACCCAGCAUUGAGCAUUCUGACUCCCAACUUCGGGGUGUGAGCAUUUCGCGGUCCGCAUGUGAAGUGUACGGCUGUGUGUGUGGAAAGAAGAAUAUUUUCCUUUAAUUUCCUACACAGAAUUUUCUCCUGGAACCCCAGCCCAGGGAAAAGGAGGAGGUUGCAGCGUAGAAAAAAAGGAUUCUUUUGGCAGACUCUGGGGAGGAAGUCUAGCGUCUGUUGGCUGCCAAUUGACGCGGAUCUGGGACGCAGAGAGAGAAAGAGCUCCCGCCCAGAAGAAGGAAGAAAUUAGUGCAGCAGCAGGAUGAGUUCGCCAAAGGAGACGCGCGAAGAAGGAGUUAAUUUGCAAUUGGUCGGGGAUGGAGAGAAGGGCGCCUACAAUAAUUCAGUCCAUCACGAAGAUGGGGAGAGUGCACCCCUCAGCUCGGAGGACUAUGACCCCCAUUUGCACCGGAAUGUGCCUCAUCCCACAUCGAAUAUGGAGACCUUGGUGCACAUCCUCAAGGGAUCCCUCGGCACGGGUAUCUUAGCCAUGCCCGAAGCUUUCGCCAACUCAGGAUACGUUUCAGGUUUCAUCAAUACCAUCAUUAUUGGGGCCCUCUGCACCUACUGCCUCCACAUUCUCGUACGCACUCAAUAUAUUAUUUGCAAAAGGAAUCGCCUGCCAAUCCUCACAUUUCCUGCUUCAAUGCAAAUAGCCCUGGAGCAGGGUCCAAAGCCCCUAAGGCCGUAUGCUCGCGCCUCGGCAAUCAUUGUGGAUGUUUUCCUCAUAAUCUACCAAUUGGGCAUCUGCUGUGUGUACAUUGUCUUCGUGGCGACGAAUAUUAAGCAAUUAGUUGACUACUACUGGGUGGAUUUUGACGUGAAGCUCCACAUGCUUAUCCUCCUGCUGCCCCUAAUUGGCCUCAAUUGCAUUCGGAAUCUCAAACUUCUCGCCCCUUUCUCGUCCUUUGCCAAUGUCAUCACUUUCGUUGGAUUGGGGCUCAUUCUAACGUACAUCCUGGACGAUAUGCCGGGACCAAGUGUCAGGGAUGCUGUGGCGCCUAUCGGGAAGUUUCCUCUCUUCUUUGGGACUGUACUGUUUGCCCUGGAAGCUGUGGGUGUUGUGAUUGCCGUGGAGAAUAACAUGAAGACCCCGAAGAACUUUGGGGGCUACUUUGGGGUACUCAACAUUGGAAUGUUCGUCAUUACCAUCCUGUACGCCAUCAUUGGCUUCCUUGGCUACCUAAAGUUCGGCACAGAUGCCAAAGGGAGCAUAACGCUCAACAUCCCGCAAAUGGAACCAACUGCCCAAGCCAUCACAAUAAUCUUCGCCGUUGCCAUCUUCAUCUCAUACGGGCUGCAGUGCUACGUUCCCGUGGAGAUAAUCUGGAAUCAGUACCUCCUGAAGCGCUUCGAGGACUCCCCGAAGAAGCUCAUGAUGGAAUUUGUAACGCGUAUUGUGGUGGUGAUCAUGACAUUCCUCCUGGCUGUGGCCAUCCCGCGUUUGGGGCUCUUUAUCUCCCUCUUUGGAGCACUCUGCCUGUCCGCCCUGGGGCUGGCCUUUCCCGCCAUCAUGGAGAUCUGCGUGCUGUGGCCAGAUAAACUCGGCCCGUGUCGCUUCGUUCUCUACCGCGAUAUCGCCCUAAUUAUCUUUGGCAUUGUGGGCCUCGUUGCGGGCACGUACGUUAGUGUUCGCGACAUAAUUCUCAGCUUUAUGUAGUCUAACAGUCGUGCUGAAUAAAAUGAGAAGAAGAAGUAGCCCACGCACGCCCACGCGGAAGGGAAUGCGCACAACAAAGCAGGGAAAGAAUCUCACCAAACAAAAGGAAUCCGUUGCAUACUCACUACAAAAACAAAUAAAACUAAAAAAGCAUUUACACGCGCCCUUUGCUAACUAAAAAAAAAGAAGAAAAGAAGAUUAAAUAGAGUUUAAUUAAUCAGCCAGCCUGAGGCCCUAAAUCAGCUCCAAAAAAGAGCCAAUUCAAUCUCGUGAUGAUGACAUAGUCGAUUAUAUUGAUUAUAUUGUUGAAUUUGUUACAUCAUUGCAUCCAAAACGCAAAAAAAAAACAAUUUUUGAUGUAGUCAAAGCAUUAUACAUAAUUAUACAUAUAUAUUGCAGAUUGUAAGGAAAAUAAAGGACAAAAUUUUAUGAUGAAGAA